CGACCGCAACAGUUUUAAGAGCAGACACAUAAACGAGUUAAUGCAGAGUUAAUGGAAUCAUAAUGAUCAUGCACCGCAAAUAAUAGUGUCAAGUAAACAUACAUAUUGCGGUGGUCAGUGAUGCUUUCAUCAUUUUAUCCGAGAUGUACUUCCGGGUCGGCCUUGUGUUAUUUGCUGCUUGUUUUACCUUAGAUUGUUCUGCCGAACCCUUGACGGUAAAACAGGAACAAGAAAUAAUAAAAUAUAUCGAAAACCAGAUAAAUCAUUUUGAUGUCCACGAUGAAGAUAGCCUCAAUAAAGCUCUAUACAAAGUAUCGGAUUUGUUUAAACCUUACAUGAAGCAUGGCAUAAAAUUAUGGAAUAUACCUGUAUUGGAUCCGUUAUUUUUGAAAACAGUAAAAAUAACACAAAAUGAGGGUGGCAAUAAUUUCAAAGCCGAAUUUAAUUCUGUCUGGGUGUAUGGUUUGUCCGAUUAUAAGAUCGAGUAUAUUCGGGCACAUCCUGCUAAGUACUCUUUUGAAAUGAAGUUGAGAUUUCCAGACUUAAAAAUGCUAGGGAAUUACGAUAUAGAUGGUAAAUUGCUUAUCCUAGAAUUGAAGGAUCAUGGUCCGUUCACCGCAAAUUUGACUGAUGUUGACGCCAUUGUUGAAAAUAAAUUUACUAUCAAAAAUGGCCAUCUUCUUCUUUCGGAAUCAAAAUCAGAUUUUGCUGUCAAGAACUUGAAAUUUCAUUUGGAGAAUUUGCUUAAGGGCUCCCCUGUCGGUGAGUCUAUUAACGAAUCCCUGAACCGGAAUGUGAACGAUUUGGUCCGCGACCUGAAGCCGGCCUUUGUGCGAGAAAUCAACAGGAUCAUAGUGCGCACCUUGAACAAGAGUGUAGAGAAUCUGCCUUUAGCUAAGUGGCAAGCGGCUAUUAAAUGAAUUUCCUCCUCUAUACAUACGCAUCAUGUAAUCUUGUAUUAAAAAAAGGUUUAAUUUAACUAUGCUUGUCUUAUUACUGU